CGCAGGACAAGACACGCCCAUCACAACCUGUAAUGCUUCAAUCUGCCCGAUGGCUGAUACCCAAACGACCUAGAACUGUCGAAUUCUCAAGCGGCAUUAACAGGCCCAUCUUUCGUCAGAGAUGUCCCCGGGCGCAGUCUGGGACUUCGCCCGACGCCAGCCUGAUCCAAAAUCAGAAUCCUUUAAGACGACGAGAUGUACCAUCCCUCGGGGUAUGGAUUAGGUGACGUGGUCGGCUGGGGAACUACCGGCCUGGUCGUUCUCGACAAGUCCUCCAAUACCGUUGUCAAGAGAGAACGCGACGUGUACGAAAUGUUCGUACGACGUGGCGGCCAUCCGGGGUUGUCGACUUACCAUGGCGUCUUCGAGUCGGUCGUCCGUUUGGAAUACGCUUCUCUUCACAACUUGCGGUCGCACCUUGGAGCCAGCGACGCCGGUCCUGCGCAGCGAUUUGUCCACGACGCCGGCGUCAUCCACGGAGACUUGACAUGCGCAAACAUCUUGCUACACGCCUCCCUCAACGUCAAGGUGGCUGAUUUUGCCGGGUCUUUAAUUGACGGCUCGCCACUGCUAGUUGUUGUCACCCCGAGCCAUGAGUUUCCAGGGCCUCGUCUGUCCGUCCAGGCCGAUUUAUUCGCACUCGGCAGUGUGCUCUACGAGAUUCUGACCGGUCACCUUCCUUACGAAGAACUGGACGAUAACAAAAUCCGUGCCCAAUAUAUGAACCGGACUUCCUUGACUGCAUUUCUUGGUUCAACUGGGACCAUCAUCGAACAGUGCUGGCAUGGCAAACUAUUCUGGGGCUGA